GUCCCUGCGGCGGCGGCGGCGGCAGUAGUGGUGGCAGGGGAGGGGAAGGGGGAGGGCCCCGAGGGCUACACACGCUCACACUUUCAAGUUCCCUUGGAGGGAGAGGAGGUGGGGCUGCAGAAAGAGGAGGCCAGGAGCAGUUCCAUCCGUCCCGUCCCGUCUGCCCCCUUUCUUCUUGCUACCUGCACCUUGGCUCUGCGAGAGUUGAGGGUUCGGGUGGUAGUCCGCGGCAGUGAGGGCAAGAGGGUCAGGAGAGUGGGCAGCGGAGCCAGGGGUGCGGGGGAAGAUGCCCAUCCUGCUGUUCCUCAUAGACACGUCCGCCUCUAUGAACCAGCGCACUGACUUGGGCACCUCCUAUUUGGACAUUGCCAAAGGCGCUGUGGAGUUAUUCUUGAAGCUGCGCGCCCGGGACCCGGCCAGCCGCGGAGACAGGUACAUGCUGGUCACCUACGACGAACCCCCGUACUGCAUCAAGGCUGGUUGGAAGGAAAAUCACGCAACAUUCAUGAGUGAACUAAAAAAUCUUCAGGCUUCUGGACUGACUACUCUUGGUCAGGCUCUAAGAUCCUCAUUUGAUUUGUUAAAUCUCAAUAGAUUAAUAUCUGGAAUAGACAAUUAUGGACAGGGGAGAAAUCCAUUUUUUUUAGAACCAUCUAUUUUAAUUACCAUCACAGAUGGAAACAAGUUAACAAGUACUGCUGGUGUUCAAGAAGAGCUUCAUCUCCCUUUGAAUUCUCCUCUGCCCGGAAGUGAACUAACCAAAGAACCUUUUCGUUGGGAUCAAAGGUUAUUUGCCCUGGUGUUGCGUUUGCCUGGAUUGGCUUCUACGGAACCAGAGCAACUAGGCAGUGUACCGACUGAUGAGUCCGCCAUCACUCAGAUGUGUGAAGUCACAGGAGGUCGCUCCUACUGUGUUAGAACACAAAGGAUGUUGAAUCAGUGUUUAGAAUCUCUAGUUCAGAAAAUUCAGAGCGGUGUAGUUAUUAACUUUGAAAAAACGGGACCAGAUCCACUUCCUGUUGGAGAAGAUGGACUUAUGGAUUCAUCCAGGCCAAGCAAUUCAUUUGCUGCUCAACCAUGGCAUAGUUGUCAUAAGCUCAUCUAUGUACGACCUAACUCUAAGACUGGUGUUCCUGUUGGACAUUGGCCAAUUCCAGAAUCUUUCUGGCCAGAUCAGAAUUUACCUUCACUACCUCCACGAACAUCUCAUCCUGUUGUGAGGUUCUCCUGCGUAGAUUGUGAGCCAAUGGUAAUAGACAAACUUCCUUUUGACAAAUAUGAACUUGAACCUUCACCCUUAACUCAGUACAUCCUGGAACGAAAGUCUCCCCAUACCUGCUGGCAGGUAUUUGUUACUAGCAGUGGAAAAUACAAUGAACUUGGCUAUCCAUUUGGUUAUUUAAAAGCCAGUACGACUUUAACUUGUGUAAACCUCUUUGUGAUGCCGUACAACUACCCGGUUUUACUCCCUCUUUUAGAUGACUUGUUUAAAGUUCACAAGCUUAAGCCAAAUCUGAAGUGGCGACAGGCUUUUGACAGCUACUUAAAAACUCUGCCUCCGUACUACUUAUUACCAUUAAAGAAAGCACUAAGGAUGAUGGGAGCUCCAAAUCUGAUAUCAGAUAAUUUAGAUUGUGGACUUAGUUACAGUGUUAUCUCUUACCUUAAAAAACUCAGCCAACAGGUAGUAUUGGUAAAAACAAACAAACAAAAAUCCUUUGCCCUCAGAAGUGCAUUUCCUUAUUCUUUAGUGUAAUUGUAAUUUUUCAAAUUAAAUGUGUAUCUAUUUCUCCACUUUAUGGAUUAGUAAUAAUGUGAUUCUCUAUGGCUUCUAGUUUCACCACUAAACUGCAGUUAAGGGUCUGUCAGUGUCAUUGGAUGCUGUGCCAUUUCUCCUUUCGCUCGCCAGUUUGUGCUACCCACAAGCUGGUUGAUAUCUUGUGGCCUAAGAGGGGCAGAGGCUUAGUAAAAUUAUCUCAUGGGUCACAUUUUGUCUGUCCUCAACCUAGUUUCUCCUUAAGUCACGCUGGGCUAGAGCACCCCCCCCCUUUUUUUUAGGUCAGCACACGGAGGCAUGGUGUGGUGGUUCAACGUCUUGCCUGACAUUCGUGUUUAGGCAAUAAAUAUCCAGAUGCCUUUUCUUGGAGACGGGGAGAUGAGACCAGUGUUCCUCAUUGCUGGAGGGUGAUAGGCCCCAAGGAGACCUGAAGAGUGGAGUUCAACCUCCUCUCUUCUUGCCCUCCAUCUGUUCCUUUAUACCCCCACCUCAUUUACCAUUAUUCACCUUGUCCCUUGCCUGCCCCACUAUUAGUACCUCAUCCUCCACUCACCCCUACUUAUCAUACUUCUCACCUCUACCUAGCCCAUUCUUGCAGGAUGGAAAUAUUUGAGAGCUACUGAGUUAGAGCUUUACUGCCAUACAAAUGUGUUAUGUUAUAUGACCAAUUGAUGCAGCCUUUUUACUUUCUUCUUCUGCACAAGGGUAUUCCCAGGUAGGGAGCAGUACUAGCAUUUGCAGUGGCCGUCAGGCUUUAAGGCAGAUAUGUUUGGAAGUUGGGCCUGUAGGAGACAGAUAGUAGUAAGCCAAAGAGUGUCAGAUGUCACUAAAGAACCCAAAUGACUCCACAGUUGGGGAUGCUGACACACCUUGCGAGGACCUGGCACAGACAGAAGGAUGGUCUGAGGCUUACCAGCUCCUACCUGGCCAGCAUGCUCAUAAAUGCGAAAGAAAGGAAAGGCAAACCUAGAUUUCUGGUCUACCGAGUGUCCCCACGACCCCCUUUCUUCUAAUAGAUUUUUGUUGUUGUUAAUGUUUUGUUUUGGUUAUUUAUUGACUGAUUGACCUGUUGAUUUAUAUAUAUUUUUUAUUUGAUGUCUACCUUAGGCCUUUAAGGCUGUGUCAGCAGGGUGUGGCCACAAGGAAGAAUAGAGAGCAGAGUUGAAACUCAUGCAAGUUCUGGGACCUCUGGGACAUGUUGUUUGUGUAGUUUUUCAAAUGAGAUUUCGGAACGAUUUCUGGAAACAGGCCCUUCAUUUGCUCUUCUCCCUUAUUUCAUGACUUAAUUUUUUGGAAAAAUAAUAAACGUACUUAAUUCCAAUCAUAGUGAGAAUUAGCGAAUAUCUCCGACCUAAUCAUAAGAAACUCAAAAUUCUUUUGGGCUUACGGGGCAUUGGUGGGAUUCCUUCUUUUAGAGAAAAAGAAAAGAUUAUUACCUAUUUAUAAUCACUCCAAUUACUAAUUUAAUUACUAAUUUAAUAGCUAUGUCGCCAGUGUUCCUUGAACCAUCUCAGAUGUAUGUAAAUCACAAAAUGUGCCCAGUACACUGUCAAGCAAUAUUUAUCAAUGUGGUUUAACAGUGUCUAGUAAGAGGAUUUUUUUUGUAAGUUAGCUAGAAACUUACUGAAUACACAUUACAUAUUAUUUAUGUGGUAAUGUUUGUUAAAUUAAGCAUUACUUUUUGGGGGGUGGUCCGAUAUUAGAAAUAAACAAUAUAAUUUUUUCCAGAUGUGAUGCCAAUCUCUGUAAUCCGAAUUUUAGCACUAGUUUACGUUUGUAAAUACAGAGUCUUAAACCUUUAUGUCUGGGUCUGAAAUAAAUAUGUUGACUUAGACUAGAUUCUACAGCAACAAAAUGUGAUUUUAAAUGUCUAUGAAUGGAAGUCUUAGCCACAGUUUCCAUUCUCUCCAUGAUUCAAUCAUAAUUUUGACACUAGACAAGAGGAAAAAAAAAUGUAGUAAGUCAUUUACCUUUCUAGGCCCCCUCCCUGUUUGCUAUGCACAGGGAAAUAUUUAAUUAUCAGUUUUUCUAUGAUUUACGAUUGAAAAAUUCUUCUGUGGGGUUCUUAAAGUAUUACCUUUCUUAAGUAGUGAAAACAACCGUGAUAAUGUAGAUCUUUUCUUAACAUACUAUGUACUUUCAUUUUAGACCAAACUAGAGUCAGAACGAAUACUAGCAUCCGUGGGGAAGAAACCUCCCCAGGAAAUUGGAAUCAAAGUGAAAAACCAUUCUGGAGGUGGCGUGUCCAUGACGCACAGUAAAAAUUUUAGAAAACUAUUGAAAGAAAUCAUAGGGGAAAGUGCACCAAGACUGACAGAAUUGA